GCCAACAAUUUCGCGUGAUUACGAGAUAGCUUAUGAAACUGUAUGGUCGAUCGCGUGAUAAAUUUGCCACGGAGCUUCCACUUCCUUCUGCCACUACAGUACUGCGGUGGCACACAGUUCGUUCGCCGUUGCCGUCCGUUGUGCUUGCCGUGGCCUGCCAAUUUCGCCGGUGUCGACAAGAUGAGUCCGAAUCAAAUAAGAGAUAUAUGGAGAACUGCGGAUGCUGUAACAUUCGAUGUAGAUUCCACUGUUAUAACUGAGGAAGCUAUCGAUGAACUAGCCAGUUUCUGUGGGAAAGGAAAACAAAUCACUGAAUUAACAAAGCAGGCUAUGCAAGGUGAUAUGACAUUUCAACAAUCCUUAUCUAUAAGACUGGGAAUCAUAAAUCCAAGUAUGACACAAGUUAAGGAGUUUUUAAAUACACAUCAGCCAUCACUUACCACUGGUAUAAAAAAGUUAGUGUCUACUUUACAAGCUCGAGGAAAGCAAGUAUUUCUUGUCUCUGGUGGUUUUCGCUGUCUUAUCACACCAGUUGCUGCCAAACUUAACAUUCCACCUGAGAAUAUUUAUGCUAAUAGAUUAAAAUUUUAUUUCACGGGAGAAUAUGCUGGCUUUGAUGAGACUCAACCAACUUCUAGAAGCGGUGGUAAAGGAGAAGUAAUACGGCGUCUUAAGGAGGAAAAAGGAUUCAAGAUUGUCGUACAUGUCGGUGACGGCUCAACAGAUUUAGAAGCGUCACCGCCAGCGGACGCAUUUAUAGGAUUUGGAGGAAAUGUAAUUAGGGAAAAUGUAAAAUCACGCGCGCAAUGGUUUGUUACAAACUUUGAUGAUCUCGUGAAAUGUUUAUAGAUACAAAAUAUUUUUCUAAAAAUGAUAUAAGAAUUAAAUUCUUUUGAUAUUAAUCAAAAUAAAAAAUUACAUUAUUCACACGAAAUAAAGACGAUUAUGAUCGAUCAAACAAAAUGACAAAAAUUAUAGAAAUUA